AUGUCUACAUCAUUCGAAACGAUUGAUACAGCAAACCGUCAGUUUGAGCAGCUUUUCAAUAGUGGAAAAAUCGGUGAAUUAGCCGACCUUUAUACACCGAAUGGACGACUGUUUCCUGCAGACAAAAAUAAAUAUGAAGGACGCGAACAUAUCAAACAAUUUUGGCAAGGUGCGCGCGAUGUCGGUGUUGAUCAUCUUUGUCUUACAACAGGCACUGUAAUCGAGGCUGGACAUGAUCGAUUGAUUGAAACCAGCUCUUAUCAACAUUCACUUGGCCAAGGAAAUUAUCAGGUCGUUUGGAAACGUAUUGCUGAAGGAAAAAAUGAGUGGCAAUUAGAAACGGAUAUUUUCAAUUAA